AUGGAUCUUCUUUCUUGGUUCGCUCCACUUGAUGUCGCUGAGCGCUAUGAAAAAAGCCGUGGCACAAAUUCAAACGAUAUUUUCUAUAAUUGUUCUUCACCAUGGUUUGGUUCUCAUUGUCAAUAUAGAUUCGAAGACAAUAGCUCUAUAUCAUUUGUUGAAAUCGUUCGUAGUACAUUUCAACAACGAGACCUGAUGUGUUUGGAUAUUGAGAACAGCUCAUGCUAUCCUUUUUUACCGACUUGUGAUCGUGGUCCGCCACCAAUUUGCCUUGAUUGGCGCGAAAUUUGUGAUGGUAAAUCCGAUUGUAUCAAUGGAGAAGAUGAACAAUUCUGCGGUCAAUUGGAAGUGACCGAAUGUUUACCUGAUGAAUAUCGAUGUCACUAUGGUGGACAGUGUAUUCCACUGGCAUUUCUAUAUGAUGGCAUCCAGAAUCUCGAUUGUUUGGAUGGAAGCGAUGAGAAAGCGUUUCCUUUCAUAAUGGAAGAUAAUAUAAAAUACGACAAUUGCAUAGAAAAUCCACUGUUUGAGUGUGAGGAACGUAUUUGCCGACAUCGCUACUCGUUUUCAUGUGGAACUGGAGAGUGCAUUUUACAAGAGCCGACAUUCGGUGAUAUUACUAACUGUCGUGGUUCUCGUUUAAUACAAGAGUACAAUGCAUUGCUUCAUGCAAAUGAAGAGUGUCACCAAACAUUAUUAUGUUUAUUGGGACUUCCAACACAGUGGAUACACGAUUGUGUAGUAAUCGUCAAUGAUUCUUCUGCAACUAAUAAUUGUCACAUGUUGGCAUCACAAUGUACUUCUGAAUGGGUUGCUCUACCUUCACAACCAAUUCUAUUUGGCUUUUUUCAAUUCAUCUAUUUGACAAAUCGAUCAAUCGACGAAUUUAAAAGAAAUAUUCUACCAGAUUUUGUCUGUUUUGAUUCUAAACGUUGUCCAGGAUUGUUGCAAUUUAUUGUUGUUAGCAAUUUCAAUAAUGGAUUAACAUGUUGUCAUCGAGACGACCUUCCAGAAGAAAUUUCAAAUAAAGAAGUGACCAGUUUUUAUCAAAUUGAAAACGUUUUUCAAUCUCUUGUUCAAAGAUGUUUAACUAUUGGUCGCGAAUAUUCUUGUUCAGAUUCAUCUCUAUUUUAUUGCUCGAAAUCGAUGAAAUGUAUUUCAUAUCAUCGUCUCGUUGAUGGUAUUCAAGAUUGUUUUUUUGGAGAAGAUGAAUCAUAUUUUGCUUGUUCUUUGAAUAAUUCAAAUCGGUUUAUCUGUGCAUCUGAUUCUGCUAAAUGUUUAUCAUUGGUUGCCGUUGGUAAUGGCAUCCAAGAUUGCCCUUUUGGAGAGGAUGAUCCUUAUAUAUAUAUGGCUGCAGAGUACACUCAAGUAACCUAUUCAAAAUUUUGCGAUGGCUCACUCUAUGGACCAUAUAUCAAUAAUGAUUACGUCGAUGAGAUGUACUGUGAAUAUUGGCCUUGUAACACGCCUUAUACCCGAUGUGAUGGUUAUUGGUCCUGCAUGAAUGGUAUCGAUGAAUUGAACUGUCCUUUUAAUUCAUGCCCAUUAAAUCAUCAUGCAUGUCAUAGUUAUUGGCUCGAAAAUUUUAUUUGUCUACCAUUUGAACAUUUGUACGAUGAAAUUUCUAAUAAUUGUUCUUUUGAUGGAACACCAUUGAAACGUCAUGUUUACUUUGAUAAUGAAACUAAAACAAACAAGAAUGAUAUGCUUGCAUGGUACUCUAAUACCUGUAUCACAUUAGACAAACUUUGCCAUUCGACUUUCUUGCAAUCAAAUAACAGUGAGGAAACUCUUCUUACAUGCUACUAUUCUAGCUACCAUUCAUCACCAGAUGAAAUCACAAAAUACAAUGGAGAAUAUCUCUGUGAUCAAUUUUGGAGCAAUCCAGGAGAAUACCAAGGACAGGUUUUCUCAACAUCAUAUUUAGGUUUCAUUCCUCCAACAUUGACUAUUCCAGUAAUAAAACCAACCGUAACGAUAAAUUUAGAAGUACCCAAAACAUACCAUAUUGAUAUCACACUAAAUCAGUACUGUCAUCGAGGCAUUUUUCUUCGAUUUGGAUCGAAUGAAGAGAAAAAAUGUCUUUGUCCACCGAGUUCAUUUGGUGAUCGAUGUCAAUGGCAAAGCCAACGUGUCAGUUUGACUCUUCAACUCAACUUUCGUAGUGUAACAAGGAAGAGAGCAGUCUUUCAAGUAAUUGUCAUGCUAAUCGAUGAAGAUGGACAUAUUGCACCGAAUAUAGAGCAAUUGACAUUUGUACCCGCUCGUGAUUGUGGUAUGAAAUAUAAUCUUUAUCUACUUUAUCCAGAUCGACCAAAAGAUUCAUCAAAGAACUAUUCUGUACAUAUUGAUGUGUUUGAUCGUUUGACAUUAAAUCAUCAUGUCAGUUGGCAUUUAUCAAUACCUUAUUCAUUUUUGCCUGUUAAUCGUUUAGUUGCUCGAUUGACUAUUCCAGAUCAAAUACAAUUCGAAGAUUGUUCAUUAGAUUGUGGUUCUCACGGCCAAUGUCGACGUUAUGAUAAUAAGAAAAUGUUAUUCUAUUGUCAAUGUGAUUCAGGAUACUCCGGAUUAAAUUGUAAUCAAUCACAUCUAUGUUCUUGUACAAAUGAUGCACGAUGUCUUGCAUCAACACAUUGUCUGUGUCCAUUGCAUCGUUUUGGUCGUUACUGUUUCCUUGAACAUAUUGCCUGUCAGUUGAACAAGAGCCCUUGUCAAAAUCAAGGAUUAUGUGUACCUGGCGACACACGUUGGACACUGAAAGAGUUUAUAUGUCUUUGUCGAGAUGGUUACACAGGUUCAACUUGUGAAAAUAUCACUAAUCGUAUUGAAAUUAAAUUGGAACAUCAUUUACUUGAAACUAUAUCAUCUCUCGCCAUUCAUUUAAUAACGAUGUUUACUUCAAAGAAACAUGAACGAGUUACUUUAUUUAAAAAAAUUCCGAUUAAUCAAGAUACCAUUACUGUUCAUAUUGAAAACCCAUUUCAUAUUGUUCUUGCCGAACUAUUCAAUCAUACUUAUUAUCGAUUAAUCUUACGCGAAGCAUUUAUCCCAUCAGAAUCGAUUCAUGUUUCAUUAAAAUCAAAUCAACGUUGUCCAUCAAUUAACGAGCUUGGAAAUGAGACUUGGUCAAAAUUACCUCUAUGGCAUAGAGGAAAAUAUUAUCCUCUAUUAUGUCGACAAAAUUCAUUGCUUGCAUGCUUUUACGAUGACACACUCAUUUGCAUUUGUGAUUCAUAUCGAUUCGCCAAUUGUUUCGAAUUUAAUCAUUCAAUGAUAUAUAAUUGUCAAAAUUCGAAUAUAUGUGAAAAUAAUGGGCAAUGUCACGUGAAUAAUGAGACUUGUCCAACAAUGCUAAUCUGUACUUGUCCCGCUUGUUUCUAUGGAACAAAGUGUCAACUUUCAACACGAGGUUUUAUUCUAUCGCUUGAGUCAAUCUUAGGUUAUCAUAUUAAACCUUACGUUAGUUUCCGUCAACAAUCGAUCAGUGUCAAAGUAACCAUUGCAAUCCAUGCAGUUACUUUUAUUAUUAGCAUCAUAUCAAAUUUACUAUCAAUUAUGACGUUUCGAAUGAAAGAAACAAGAAAAGUUGGCUGUGGUUUGUAUCUAUUGACAUCGUCUAUAAUUUCUCUUUGUAUUAUUCUCUUAUUGACUAUCAAAAUCUGGUAUCUUCUUCUCUCACAAAUGGCAUUCAUUCAUAAUCGAAUAUUAUUGAAAUUUUUUUGUGUAUUUACCGAUGGUACUCUGAGAAUUCUUUCAGCAUCAUAUGACUGGUUAAAUGCAUGUGUUUCUAUUGAAAGACUUCUGACCGUUCGAAAGGGAGCUAUAUUUAAUCAAGAAAAGAGUCGAAAAAUUUCCAAACGAGUCAUUUUGAUUAUUCUUUUACUAACAACCUUAACACAUCUUCAUGAUCCAUUACAUCGACGAUUAACCGAUGAUUUUGAUAUCGAUGAGAAACGAACAUGGUGUUUCGUUCAAUAUUCGUCGUUUCUGGAUCGGUUCAACUCGGCAAUAGUGUUUUUACAUAUUCUAAUGCCAUUGUCAAUCAAUAUGAUAGCUGUCAUUAUCAUGAUUGUAUUAAUAGUACAUGCUCGAUCGAAUGUACAACCGCAUAAAUCAAUAUAUGUACAUUUUCGUCAACAACUGAACCAUCAUAAAAAUGUAUUAAUAACAUCCUCUCUCUUAGUUCUA